AUGUUGAUAAAGUGCGGUUUUAGCGCCGUAUGAGGUCCGUCUUCCAGUCAGAAUCAGACGGCUUUAAUGAAAAACUCCCGGCGUGAAGGUGCGAUGCCAUGGGAAAGUCGGAAAACGCAUGUUUUGGGAGAGAUCCUUCUGUACCCCACCACUGUGCCUGAGUCACAGUCGAGAAGACGCCGUGGUGGUGGUGGUGAUGGUGAGAAGGCCAAACUCCAGGUUCCUGUUUCCAGCGUAGGAGAAGAGAGAGCGUUGCUCCUGGGCUUUGUCAUGAUGGGCUUCUCCAUCCUCAUGUACUUUGCGGUGGGGAUCGUUGUGAUCAGGCCCUGUAUCCACAGUGACUGGGGAGACCACACGAACUGCUCGCUGAUCCAGGCCGAGUUUCUAAAUGACUCUGAUGAACGAGCCAACAGUUAUCCAUGUCUGCAUGUCUUGGUUAAUGCCACAGUCAUUUCACCUGAAAAACCACUGCAUCUACGCUACGAUGAAGCAGCCGUGGACCUGAGUCCAGAGUGUUUCUACACCCCAAAAAACCACCAAAACAAAUCUGACGUUGUGGAAGAGGCUCAUAGAAUCAAAGACGUCCUCUUUAAACUGCGAGGUAAGGAUGUAAGGUGCUACCUGAGCAAUCGCUACCGAGAGGAUGCCAUCUUGACAAAGCGGCACAACCUGCAAGUGGCACUGCAGUGCCUGGUGUGGCCAAGCCUCUUGCUGUGUGGAGGAGCGUUGCUGGUCGGUUUGGUCAUGCUGACGCAGUACCUUGCUCAACUGUGCUAUGAAGUCAUACAAGAAGAAGAAUUCAUGGAGGAUGGGCAGAGCACAGCUGGGCAGAGCAAUCUCUAUCGAUUUCUGCCCUGCAGGCCCUGGAGUCCAGACAUAUAAGAAGAAGAAUUUGGCAGCCAACCAAUCUCUAUUCGUACAAUACAAUGAUACUGCAGUGGCUAAGGUGUGGACCUAGCAAUCAAAUCCCAGGACUGCCCCCUGAGUGGGUUCUUGAGCAACACCCUUAACCUUAAAUUGCUUACUACAUCAUCUUGAUUGGGUGAAAGCCUCUUGCAAAUGAGGAAAUGUAUAUUUGUGUUAUAAUUGUGGUCAUAUGAUAUGGUCCUGGCAUGCAGGAUGUUGGGCAGCUGGGUGUUGUUGAUAUCUCACAUCUACAGUUUCUCAUGCUACUCUGUGGAGUUCCACAUGUCCUUCAGGUUUGUCUAGUUAACUCCCAUUUCCAAAACCGGUAGAAAGGUGGAUUGAUGGUUCUAAAUUGCCCCUGGAUGUAAAUGUCUUAUCCAGGGUGUAUUCCCACCUGACACCCAGUGUUGCCAGUGCAGGGGUCAUAGUCACAUAAAUGAUGAAGAUACAUCUAGCAAAGUAAAACUAGAUAGAAUUUUACCAGGAUUUGGUACUACCAUGAUGUUGUGCCAGGAAAAAAAAAAUCAGACCUCCAUCUGUCAAGGCUGGAUGUACUUAUAAAGAAGCUCUGCUUGGAUUGAUGUUCUGAUAUCAAGAAGCUUUUAUUGUCUGGGGAUAUAAUUUGAUCAUGAGAUGAAGAAAAGUUCAUACAGAUGUAUGUGUCAGGGUUUUGUUCUUUAUUCUUUGUAGCCUUUUUGUUGGUUUGCUUUGCUCUGUGAUUGAACCUUAGCAGGGUUUUUUUUUUACUCAUUGGGUAACUCCUUGGCAUAGGAUUUGCACCCCAGUGUUUUACAAGGUCAGGUGCAUUUGAGCACCAUUGUAGCCUUUUUAUGUUGUGCCUAUGACUCUAAAGCUAGCAAAGCCUAGCAUCUGGACCCUAGGAACUCUUCUAAGGACAUACUUAGUCCUUACUCUUCCAUCUCUUGUUGUUGUGCCCCAUCUAUUGUUCUUUCUCAGGAUUUGUAGUUUGUAGCAAACAAAAAAAAAUUAUAAAUAUUGGUUCAUCAUUUUGGAUAAGCCUUAAAGGUUCUCUGUAGAACCCUUACUGAUGCCUGGACAGUAAGUGCAUCGGCAUAUAGUGCUGUUUUCUGGUAGCAUUCAAAAUUAAGCCAAUAUUUACGCUGCUGUACCUGUCUAUAGAGUUUGCUUGCACAGCUUUGGAUGUAGCCGAUUAUGUAAAUGACCUUUGUGUAGCUCACAGAUUUUUCUUGAGAAGAAGCAUCUAUAGUUUCUAGACCACCUCCAUUAAGCAUAAGUAUUUAAACCUGAAAAAAUUAGGGGGUAGAAAAUGUGGACCCCUUUGCUGUCAAAUGUAAGGACCUUAAAAUAGCACUUGAUCCAGUGCCACUUGACUACUCCAGCAGUUGCACAUUAAUGUGUGUACAACUUGCCACAAGAUACACAGUCAAGGUGCCUACAUCAGGGAAACCAAAUGCCUUGUAGUAACUCUUAGCAUCCAUUCAACCCCUUUUGCCUUUCCCUGUGUAGAUUCUAUGUAGAACCCUUAACAGUGCCUUUACUCUUGGCGUUAAGUGCAGUUCAGAUGUUCCAAAACAUUCACGUCUGUACAUCUUAGAAAGCCUCGAUAAAAGAGUGCUAAGUAGUCUUUAUUUGUCACAUAUACAUUACUGCAUAGUGAAGCCUUCUUCUUUGCAUAUCCCAUCCUUGGGGGCUGGGGUCAGAGCACAGGGUCAGCCAUGAUGCAGCACCCCUGGAGCAGGGUGGGUUGGGGACUUUGCUCAAGGGUCCAACAGUGGCAGCUUGGGGGUGCUGGGGCUUGAACCCUAAUCUUCCAGUCAUGACCCAUAGCCUUAAGCACUUGAGCUACCACCGCCCCAAAGUGUUGCUCAUUGGACAGUACCAGACAGUCAGUGGUUAAUGUUCUGAGCUGUGGUUAAAGGCGGUAAGUUUUUGUGGUAAGGUUUUGUUAUUGUGUUCUGACCAAAAAUAACUGACCUUUCAAUUUUUUUUGUACUUCUUUUGCAGAGAACUAUAACUGCAAACACAGGAUUCUUCUUUUAAACUCUUAUAAGUGAGACAUAUAUGUAAUAACUUUCUAUGAGGGCUGUACUCAUGUUCUAAGCAUGUGAAUGAAAGAAAUUUGGCUGAAUAUACUUUUUGUGGUGACGUCACCUGAUGUGUCUCGGUUCAAAUUUACAGAAAAUCUGGUAGGAUUUUGAACAAUUUGAAGCGCCCUCCAGUUUGAUUUUGCAUUUAUUUCUGCAAUCAGUCACAAAACCGUAAAAUCCUGGAGGGAAGGUUUAGAAUUGGUUCAGGCAAGUAAUGAAAUAAUUGACGCUUGAAAUAAAUGACCAAGUGUCAAGCUCCACCUUCUUGUUAAUUAUCGUGAUGUAUACCUAUUAGAUAUCAAAUGAAUGUGGAGCAAAUUAGCCUAAUCUAAUUUUUAAUAAUACUGGGCCUCAUUUAUCAAAAUGAACAUGAAUUAAUUGAUCAUAAAUGGAAUGCAGAAGCAUUUCCACAAGGAAUGUGGAAAAAUUCGGGUUGUAGACAACAAAAGUUCUUAAAUUUACACAUAAUGAAACUCACUAACGAACCUGGAUUGAUCAUCUUUGGAUUGUAUUACUGACUUGGAAGAAAGCGAGCCAUAAUUUAAGACAAAUAAGACCGGCUAGUCAGUUCGAAUAAAAGUAAUACAGUAGCACCUUAGUGUCUGUCUAUGGUAGAUGACACACUGCAGUGGCUGAGCUUUUUCACCAUUUUCAGCUUUGCCUUUUAAGCUGUUUUUGUAGCGGUGGCUAAACUUAAACCUGUAACCUAAAAAUGACGGCUAGUUCUAUCCUUUUUUCAUCCUUUCCACAUUUCUACUGACAAAAAAAAAAAACUAUUUUUGUGACUUAUUUUCAAAUGAAUUAUGAGUAAAAUAUUGUGCCAUGUCGGAUUUUUUUAUCAGUAUCAGUAAAGUGCGUCAGCCUGUUUAUCUUCCUGUUCAAAUAGAGUUUAGUUUUAUAUGCACUCAUAAAACAACGUUUUUAAAAGUAUAUUCUUGAAUAAAAAAAAAAAAACGUUUAGUUUGUUAGCUUGUUACAAAUGCUGUACAAUAAACUAGAUUAUGUUUUCAACCAGUGACUGAUACUAUUUAUUUCACCAUGUUGAUUUAUCAGAACAUUAAAACCCAAAGCUGUUGCGUUCGCACAGGAUGGACUGUUCCCUGGUAAAUUUGACCAUCGGGAUGCCUCCUGCUAGCAUGCAAGAAGGGCAGAAAAAAUGGCGCUGCUCCCAUAUAAUCGGCUCAGGAGACAGUUGGCCUGGUGAUCAGAGGGAUCGCAGUAUCACGGGACGUGGCGUUGUUCCCGCAAACGUCUCUAAGAAGUUUCAUUAUCACAGUGGGAAUAGCAGCGUGGUCCUCGUGACAUUUCGGGAUGUAGAAGCCCUGCGGAGAAAUCCAUUCAAAACAGAAUGCUUUUUCCAUAAACGCAUUCCAUCAUAAGCCGAUAUAUAAACGCGCAGAAGGCUGCAAAAGCCUUGUCAGUGACUUAAAUCCAAAUUUUACAGAUGGAAAGUAUUCAGAUUUGGGUAUGCGGCUUAUUUUUUUUUUUUUGGAUGCGCCCAGUGGUGAUACAGGUCAAAGGUGAAAAUAUGGACUUAAUUCAUACUGCUUCAUGCAUUGGAGCUGAAAUAAACAGGGCUUAAGUUAAGGUCAGAUCCGUGAAUAACUGAGACACGCCUUCAUUUCAGACAAACACACCAUGUAUUUAACUCUUAUAAAACUCUUUAAUACUCCUAUCUGCUUUGAAUACAGAUAUGUGCUGUUUCCUUCCUU